CAAAAUGGCCUCCACAACAAUUUCUAUUCCGCGUCGUCUGCCACUUUUGCAGGUCGAUGAGAAUGUUUUACUACCCGGAUCGUCCAUGCGAAUCCCGGUCAGAAGUCAUAGAAACAUGAAUAUGGUAAAGAGUCGCCUCCUUGGUAGAAAUACACUCAGCAGCACAAUAAUUGGAGUGAUACCUAAGGAACCAGGGGCGUCUGAGAUCAUGGAUACCGCAUCCUUUCACGAGAUUGGUACAGCAGCAGUAGCAGUGCAAGUGACUGGAACCAACUGGCCACAACCAUCCUAUACCUUACUGGUGACUGGUCUCUGCCGCUUCAAAAUUGAGGAGAUCCUACAGGAUUCUCCCUUUCCCAUUGCUAUGGUCUCUCAGCUGGACAAACUACCUGGAGAAGAAGUUGAUGAUGAUGUGAAAACCAGUGAGAUGACCGUUCUGAUUGACAACUUCCGAGAGCAAGCCCUGAAGCUGGUGGAUAUGCUGGACGUCUCGAUACCUGUUGUAGGCAAAUUGAAGAAAAUGUUGGACAGUGUUCCAGCCCAUCAUCUACCAGAUAUCUGUGCGUCUAUCAUCAAGGCUUCCUACUCGGAGAGGAUUCAAGUGUUGGAUGCAGUUGACUUGACAGAAAGAUUCAAAAAAACUCUCCCACUUCUCAUGAGGCAAAUAGAGGGACUGAAGCUUCUCCAGAAAGCAAGGAGGAACAACAUCGACCUUGUGGCAAGAAAACAAGACUCGUCACGUUCUGGUGUUAUGAGGAAAUUUUUCAAGAAUUCACCUGACUUAGCACACUCUGAUGAUGAUGCUGAUGAUAUACAGGAAUUGGAACAUAAAAUAAAGGAUGCUAAGUUACCUGACCAUGCCCUCAAAGCUGCCACAAAAGAAUUGAAAAGAUUGAAGAAAAUGCCCCAGCAUAUGCCAGAGCAUGCUAUGAUUAGGAACUACUUAGAGUUGAUGACAGAGUUACCGUGGUCAAAGUCUACAACUGAUAGUCUUGACAUUGACAAAGCAAGGAAUGAUUUGGAUGCGGAUCACUACGGUCUUGAAAAGCUGAAGAAGAGGGUUCUGGAAUACUUGGCUGUCAGACAACUCAAGAACAGUUUGAAGGGCCCAAUCCUAUGUUUUGUUGGGCCACCUGGUGUUGGCAAGACAAGUGUGGGAAGGUCGAUUGCCAGUACUCUUGGAAGAGAGUUUCAUAGGAUUUCCCUCGGUGGAGUACAUGACCAGUCAGACAUUCGAGGCCACAGGCGAACAUACAUUGGAUCGAUGCCUGGCAGAAUUGUCCAGGGAUUAAAACUUGUCGCUACAAAUAAUCCUGUCUUCUUGCUCGAUGAGGUUGACAAACUGGCCAAAGGUCUCCAUGGCGAUCCAUCUGCAGCACUCCUGGAAGUCUUGGAUCCAGAACAGAACAGUACGUUUACUGAUCAUUAUCUAAACGUCCCCUUUGAUCUCUCCCAAGUUCUGUUCAUAGCCACGGCCAACACAACCUCCUCCAUCCCUGCUGCUCUACUGGACCGGAUGGAGGUAAUCCAAAUCCCAGGCUACACUCACGAGGAGAAGCUGCAUAUUGCUGUCAGGUAUUUGGUGCCAAAGCAAGUCAGGGAGCACGGUCUCACUCAUGAACAAUUGCAAAUCCCAGAGGACUCCAUCAAACUCAUAAUAUCUGGUUAUACCCGUGAAGCUGGUGUCCGCAGCCUGGAGAGGAAGCUAGCGGCAGUCUGUAGAGCAGUGGCUGUCAAGGUUGCCGAGCACAGCGGAAAGACAACAAACAGAGGUGGACUGACUGCAGUCGAGAGAAAGGAACUAUUAAAGGAUCAGCUGCCUCAUGAUAUUGAUACUGCUGACCUUAUCCCUCCUGAGUUACCUAUUGUCAUUGAUGAAGUUGCUGUAGAAGAUAUACUAGGGCCAGCCACCUAUGAGCAUGAGAUGGGAGAAAGGUUGAGCCAGCCUGGUGUAGUCAUAGGCCUUGCAUGGACCCAGGUCGGGGGAGAGAUCAUGUUCAUUGAAGCGACCAAGAUGCCUGGUGAAGGCAAGCUCCUGUUGACUGGCAUGCUGGGUGACGUCAUGAAGGAGUCGGCUAAUCUUGCUCUCAAUUGGGUGCGCAGUCAUGCAGAUCAGCUUCAAGUUCCCCUUGCACGUCAACUGGAGAAAGUCGACAUCCACAUUCAUUUCCCUGCUGGUUCUGUUGGCAAGGAUGGACCGUCUGCUGGUGUAGCCAUAGUUACUGUGCUGGUGUCAUUGUUUUCUGGUCGGUUGGUGAGGUCAGAUACAGCCAUGACAGGAGAGGUCACACUGAGGGGACUUGUAUUGCCAGUUGGUGGAAUAAAAGAGAAGGUGCUGGCAGCUCACAGGGCAGGAAUAACUCGUGUGAUUCUGCCAAAGAGAUGUGAGAAGGAUGUCAGGGAGAUACCAAAAAAUGUUCAGUCGGACAUAACGUUCAUCUACGUGUCACGAGUGGGGCAAGUUCUACGAGCUGCCUUUGAUGAUAGCUUCCCAGAUUUGGAAAACGAUAAUGGGGUGAUCAGCAAGCUAUGAAAGAAUAGAAUUAUACAACCAGUCAUCGGUCAUUUUCUCACUUUGUUACUCUGUCAUUGUGUCAAUGCAUAAGUUUGCAUAUACAUGUAUAGUACAGUGAUGAAUGAAGAAUUCAUAAGCCUUGUAGGGUGUUCUUAGAGUCAAAGUUGAAAUCACACAUUGUAUGAAUGCCAUUGGCCAAGAAUAGAAAGAUGAUGAAUUGGGAACUGUGUUUUGUAAAGUUGUUCUCAAACUAUGGUGCUAGAGGUGUAAUAAAUGUUAAUUUAUGCAGAAUUGUGAUAAGACAGCAGCAGUGUAAAUUAGUCAAUACGAAUAAAAUUAAA